AUGUCUACUUGUGUGCUUUCGUCAAUAGUCUCUGAACGGCUUUUAUACAAGCUUUUUAAAUUUUGCAUCAAUCAUGAAAGCAAUCUAUAUCGAUUGAGAGAUAUAGCAACAUACACGAUUAAGUCCAUUGAUGAUCCUCGUACAUUGAACAAGACAUUGUACCCUCGACCACCAGAAAACAUCCUCACUCAAACGCAGCUAGUCGAAAAAUGGGAAAAGCUUACAGGAAAAACGCUAGAGAAAAUCAGCAUUCUGCAGAAGACUUCUUAUCUAAGAUCAAAGGUAGAUUUUGUGGAACAAGUAGGAUUGCGGCAUUUCUAUGACAUUUUCUAUGAAGGAUGCUUAACAAACUUUGAAAUAGGAGAGAAUGGGGCAGAAGCCUCAGAUCUUUAUCCAGAAGUUCAACAUACCCGAAUCCAAGAAUACUUAAAAGCGUUCUCUCUAAUGUCACCGUUGGCUAUGAAUUAA